CUUGCAAUCACACCCGCCGGCGUCGUUGGGAACUUCUUCGGUGGUCUCUUUUUCAGACGACUCAAACUCUCUCUGAAAGGUAUUGCGGGGGCCAUCAUUAUCUCUGCCGGUAUCUCCCUCGUCAUAUUAGCCAUGAUGUUCGUCGUAAGCUGCGAUACCUCAUCGAUCGCUGGCCUCAAUGUCCCUUACCCCGAUGGCACCGAAACGCUUGCAAGCAAUGUGGCAACUGCCACUUGUAUGAGCAAUUGCUCUUGCCAAGUUGGUGUGUAUACUCCCGUGUGUGGGUCGAACGGGCUAUCGUACGUUACACCAUGUCACGCUGGCUGCACCAAUCAGAGGCUUGAUGAGGAUAGCGGCAAGAUGAUUUUCUCAAACUGUUCAUGCAUUGGUUCAAAUGUGUCUCCCACCACGUAUGCAUACGAUGAUAACCAUGGUAAUACGGCUGUACUUGAAAAAUGUUCGGCAGACUGCGAUUCUAAAAAAUACGCCUUCAUCGUCUUACUUGCUGUCCUGUUCCUCUCUAUGACUUUCUUAAAUGUUCCUGAAUUCUUUCUGUUCAUGAGAGUAGUAGAAAAUAAGGACAGAGCGGUUGGUAUAGCUUUCUCUAGCUUACUUCAGAGAGUCUUAGCAUUCAUACCUGCUCCGAUAUUUUUCGGGGCAGCUAUUCAGACAACCUGCAUCAUGUUCCAGGAAUCGUGUGGCAUCACAGGGAACUGCCUCGUCUAUGACAACAUUCGCCUAUCACGCGUUAUUAUCGGACUGGUGUGCAUCUUCAAAGUGCUAUCUCUGGUCAUGUCCACCCUCUGUUACUUUACGAUACGACGGAAUGAAGCAGGGGAGUACCAAUACCUACAAAUAUGCAAGCAAGAAAGUCUGGAGGACAGUGAGUCGAAGUUAGACGCCCUCACCCUGGAGGAAGUCAAUGUUCCGUUUUAUCCAUAUGAGACCAGAGUUUAGCUGUUAAGCAAAGCCGCUGCUCACGUUACCAAGACGUAAGAGAACAAUAAAUCAUUAGGAAAUAAACCCGGAAACAGUAUUUAAGUGCUGAUGACAAGUUCAUUUUUACAUCAUCGUUUUACUUACAGUUCAACACAGUGUUUUCAAAGGGGUACUCCAGACUGGAAUUAAUACGAUUCGAACAGAUGAAAAAGAUCAGAUGAAUAAAACACUGAAAAUGUGAUCAAAAUCGGACAAGAAUAACAAAAUUAAGGCAUUUUAAAGAAUUGCGUUAUUCCGGUGAAACAUUUCAACAUAUGUAUUCAUGAAUAUUCAAUAAGCAAACUGAUGAUGUCAUGUUCUCACUUGUUCUAUUGUAUUUCAUUUUAUGAAAUAAGGUUUAUUAUUUUUUUUUCCUUUAAGAACCCCCCCCCCCAAAAAAAAAAAUGGAAUGACAACUGAUUUAGUUAAUUAGAUAUCCACCGCUGUAACUUCUUUCAUUAAAAGGGAGAUCAUUCACACAUGUAUACAGAACAAAUUAAACAAUAAUGAUUUCAUGUAAUAACAUAAGAAACAGGAAAGUGGGAAUUUGACAUCAUCAGCCCACCUUAUGACUAUUCAUGACGACGUGCAUAUAUCUGUUUUCGCAAUAUAUUGCUAAAAAUAAAAUGCAAUAACUUUGCUAUAUGUUCUCAGAUUUUGAUAAAAUGUUCAUCAUUUUGCUCUGUGAAUUUUACACUAUUUAUUUAGACAUAAAUACUUUCAUCCCGGAAUACCCCUUUAAGGUCUAUUUGCGGCCAUGAUAAAAAUUCAAUAUUGAGAAUUAUAUUGGAUUAUCACCAAUCAUUCCAAUUUUACAAAGUGUAUACACCGUUAUUUUGUUUAUUCGUAGAAUCCCUGUGAAAUUUCAACAUGACAUUUGAUAUUAAACUCCCAAAUGAUUUGACUGGUAUAAAAACGACAAUUUUAACGCUUAUCUUACGCAAUUAUAUCAAGAAACUACAAAUAUGUUCUGGAAUUAUCAGCCCAUUCGACAUCUCAUUCAUGUAAAAUUGCUAAAUACACCCCAAAGAAAAAACCCGUUUCAUUUCAUAUCACCAAUCAUUUUCAUCAACUCAUUUGUUUUAAUUUUAUAUUAGUUAUUAUUAGUAGGGGUGGGCAAAUUACAAUUUUAUUUCAAAAACGGGUGGAUUCUAUGGCAAUUUUUGCUGCUGAGAACAAGUCUGACAACCAUUUUGACCUACGAAGUAGUUUUAUAUUGGUUCCAAGCGAUUUUUCAGAAUGGCUGCCGAAUUCCUUCCACAUCAGUGUUUUAACAGGUAAAUCCUUAAAUAUUUAUACAAAAAAAGGCUUGCAAUAUGUCUAAAUAUAUGUUUUCAUGGUCACUGAGCACAAAAUAUAUGAAUCAGAUAAGUUGAGUCAUUAAAAAUGACGAUUUUUAGUGAAAAACGAUAUUUUGGGGUCAUUUUUGGUAAAAAUUGCCUCCAAAUCACAAUUUAUGUACAUAAAACCUCAAUUAUUUAUUCAUCUGUAGUUUGUUAUAUGUCUAAAUAUUUUUUUCAUGGCCACUGAGUCCAACAAUAGAUAAAACAGACAGGUUUGGUCUUUUGUUCUGUCCUUUUUAAUAAAUAAAAUCUCAUUUUCUGUAAUUGUUGGUAAAAAUUACUGAAUACAGACUGCAAAUAUGCAACUACAGCUUGUAAUCUGUCUAUAACCUUGUUUUUCUUGCUAUUUGUUAGAGGUGUGCAAUUCAUAAUUUUCAAAUAUUUUCUAGAGUGCUGAGUUCAAAUAUUAGCAUACUAAGAGAUUAGAAGCAUCAUCAUGGUGACAAAAAAAAAACAAGAAAAACAAGAAUUUAAAAAAAUGUACAGAAUACAUACUUUGAGCCUAUAGCAUCCGGGGGAACGUUUUAUUAACAUUUUCCAUCCGACAAUUUGUCAAGUCUGAUAACUUUCCUUGACAAUAAUUGACUGAGACUCACUGUUACCAUGGUAACUAUGGGAUAAAACAGCACUUGUCUGAUAAACUUCUGACAAGUUCUUUCAUGAAACCCUGGGUUGCAGAAGAUAUAAUUCAGUACCAACGUUUAAAGGAUUCAUAGCCAAUAGAUUCAGUACUUGCUUGGGAUUGUCUGUUAUGGCAUGAUAUUUAAUCAAAAUAUUUCAUCAAUUUAGUUUAUAUCAACAAAUUCACAGUCUUUAUAAUCAUUCAGAAUGAAUGUUUCACAUGCUUCUUUAUACGUAUCUACAUAAUAAUGGGUUAUCUUGUUAUAGUCCCCAUGAUAAUGAUGAUGAUGGAACUGGUGGGCAUCAAUAAAAAUGGGUGAUAAGGAUACUGUAGACAAAACAUGAAUAAGAGUGAAAAUUUCCCUUUAUCCUUCAUAUAAGUUGAGUUUAAGAAGAUAUAGAUAUAAUGUAUGCAGGCUAAUUAUAUGUAAGACAUAGACUUGCUAAGAGUCAGAUUAACAAGUCUGACUACUUGUGAAAAUCAGGCAAUAAUCAUGAUAAUGGCAACAAUGCCGGUCUGUGUAUUAUAACUUGGGGUACGAUUUGUAACUUUUUAAAAGCUGGACUAACAUAGUUAUUGAUGGAACUCUUUCCAGGAAGAAUAUACUUAUAAGUGGUGAAUUUAAAAAGCAAGGAUAUAAGGGAUCUACAUGAAUAAAUGCUUGGCUCACUGUUCUGUCGAGGACAAUACAGUCGAAUCACUCUUUCUUGCAACUGUAUUGUUAGCACUGUAC